UGACCUUUAACCCUCCGUAACAGGGGAACGCCCCGCACAGCCGUCCGUUCUUUAGAUGACAGCAUCCUGUAUCUACACGUGUCCACGGACACAAAGCGGGAAGUGCAACCGUAAGACCAUAAAAUCGAUCGCCGGCGGCUCGCAUAAGAGGAAGAAGACGACGGCCAAGCACUCGCCCUCUUCCUCCUCGCUCUCUGCGCCUCCGCUCGGGGCUCACGCGUUAGCCUGGAGUGGGUCGAAGAGCGCCAUGAACGCCGUCAUCAAGGACGACGGACGGGCUCGGAUCGAGGAGGCGCGAAGGAAACGGGAGGCCGUUGUGCCAGAGGAAGACUGCGCGUUGUGGUCGUUUCGGCCGCUCCCCCCACGAUCAUCAUCGAGGCGAGGUAAGUGGCUCUCGUCCUCGCUGCUUGCGCUUGGAUUCGUGCUUUCGGUUUCGUCGAUUGGUUCGUAGGGAUUGAUCUGAAGUCGGAUCAACAAGAUGGGCCUCGAUUAACAAUUUGGCCCAUAUGAGAAUGGGUUGGGUUGAGACCAUAAAUCGAUCGCCGGCGGUUCGCAUAAGAGGAAGAAGACGACGGCCAAGCACUCGCCCUCUUCCUCCUCGCUCUCUGCGCCUCCGCUCGGGGCUCACGCGUUAGCCUGGAGUGGGUCGAAGAGCGCCAUGAACGCCGUCAUAAAGGACGACGGACGGGCUCGGAUCGAGGAGGCGCGGAGGAAACGGGAGGGCCGUCGUGCCAGAGGAAGACUGCGCGUUGCUGGUCGUCUCGACCGCUCCCCCCACGAUCAUCAUCGAGGUGAGGUAAGUGGCUCUCGUCCUCGCUGCUUGCGCUUGGAUUCGUGCUUUUGGUUUCCUCGAUUGGUUCGUAGGGAUUGAUCUGAAGUCGGAUCAACAAGAUGGGCCUCGAUUAGCAAUUUGGCCCAUAUGAGAAUGGGUUGGGCUGAUACCAUAAAUCGAUCGCCGGCGGUUCCCAUAAGAGGAAGAAGACGACGGCCAAGCACUCGCCCUCUUCCUCCUCGCUCUCUGCGCCUCCGCUCGGGGUUCACGCGUUAACCUGGAGUCGGUCGAAGAGCGCCAUGAACGCCGUCGUCAAGGACGACGGACGGGCUCGGAUCGAGGAGACGCGAAGGAAACGAGAGGCCGUUGUGCCAGAGGAAGACUGCGCGUUGUGGUCGUUUCGGCCGCUCCCCCCACGAUCAUCAUCGAGGGGAGGAUUGAAGCUGCGGUCCUCAGGCAUCUGUUUUGGUACGUUGUGUUGGUCUUAUGGAGGGACUAUUGCAGCAUCAGAACUCCACCGCCUCGUUUCAGAAGAAUUACAAGAGCUGCAUGUGGGACUGGCUUCGGAUCUUUGACUUACAACAUCGUCUCAGUGUGAGGAGGCUGCUUGGGGAUGACGGUCAUGGCAAUCGCAGACACGUCAGGAGAGUUAAAAUCCCAGAAGUGCAUGUUCCUGUAAGUGUAGAUGAACAUGACAACUUGGAUGAUGAAACCAAGCUCCUGAUUGUAAACAAGGGCAGCCAAACAAAAAAAAGUUCAGGAAAGGCUCUUGUUAGAGCUUUGAUUUUCAAAAAAAUGUUUAGGAAGCAUAAUCAGAAGCAAAAGAUGCUUCCUGUGAAGCCACGCCUGAUGCGCACCGUUUCCAUACAUCACUUGGAAUGCAGUGAUUAUGUUCUUCCAGUGGAAAUGGCUUCUGACACUGCUACCCCGAAAGUUGAUUUCCGUUCACAAAAGAGUGAUUCUUCUGAAAGCCAUGAACAUGAUCAACUUCCGCCUGCAAGUAAAAAGCAUCAAGUAUGUGGAACAAUAAAACAUGUUAAUCAUGUUAGCCACACUGAGCUUAAUCAACCAACUGAAAAGCAAGCAAAUCACUGGGAUGCCUUUUCAAAACAGAUGGACUCCUUUGAGGAGUUGGGAAGAGAUGUGUUCCAGUCUAAUGAUUUGAUCGGUACAAAGGAGUUUAUUAAUGAGCAGGGUGAGUCAUUCCUGGGAAUUGUUGAAGAACCAGACAUUUUGUUGGAAAAUUAUUUACAGAAUCUUCAUCGGUGUAGCUCUGAGAGAGCAUUAAUGAAGUCUGGCUCAUCCCCCAUGGUUGGCUUGUCAGCUAAAAGGCACAAUAAAUCACCCAACGAUCACCUUGUUAACCAAGAAGUGAAGUCCCUGGUUCUGAAAUCAGAACCUGCAGUUGUUGACAAGUAUAAUGCUUACUAUAAUUCAGAGUUUUCACCCAGAUCUUUUCUUAAGCAUACAAAACAAGGAGAUCAUGGAACUCUUUUAAGUCAUUCUAGGACUGUUAAGAAAAAGUUAAAGGAUGUAUUCAAUGAGAACAGGAAGGAGCAUCUUCAUAUUUCGAUGGAUGGGCUUCUGCAUAAAAUCCCUUAUGGCCACACAGCAUCUGGGAAUGUCAUGAAAGAAAAGCUAUUCCGAUCUGCCUCAGCCAGACAUUUCAAAGAAAGCAUAGAAGACAAUGUUAGUAUUCCUCCAAAAGCACACCCACGUCAGAGUUUUAGAAGAUCUCGAUCUCUUACUGAGUCAUACAAAUAUUCUCAUGUGUUUGAGUCCAUUUUAACCAGUGAAUCCAAAAGGCUGCAAGAAAACUUGACCUCGACUGAUGUGGAUUUUGAGUUGCAGGAUCAGACGGCACAAAAGGUCUUUGAACAAAUUCACUCUAAUCCUGAAUUCAACUCCUUUUGCUGUAAGGAUGUCCCAAAUGAACCAUUACAUGGAGCUCUGUUGUCAGAAGCGGCAAUUAGCAAUCCUUUGAAUGGAGAUGAGGCAAUUGACGUCCAUACUCCUGCUGAGCCAGAGUCAGGAAAUUCACUGGUGAAUGUGAAGGAGAGCAUUGAACCUGGUGUCAUUCUAGAACAAACUCUUGAUGUACAUGCUAGCGGGAAAAUUUAUGGAGGACUAGAAUUACCACUGAUCGCUAGCAAACUUACAGAGACAGAGACAUGCAGGGUUUCAUGGACGUCGAACAUUGGUUGUAUCCCUUUGCCUAAUGAGUUGUCUGUGGACCAACAAGAUUCUCAUAUUGAGCUUCACCAGAGUGAAGAAGUACAUGAAGUUUCAGAUUCACCACAGACGGGCAAUAGCCAUGUUGCGCAUGAGCAUGCGCUGGAAGUAGAUUCAAAUGAUGAGUCAACUAAACCAAGGCCAACCUCUGUUUUUCAACUAAAUUCUGAAGAUGAUCUUUUGAAACCUGCAAAACAUGAGUACUUAGAAGAUUCAGAGACUGAACCAAGAAACCUCCAUUUUGAGGAAGUCGAUUUGUUGGCCAAAACACAUAAUUUGUCGGUUUUUAAAGUAUCUGAUGAGAUGGAUCCUGCUGAAUCUAAUUUUGGUAAAAAGCAGCAGGAGGCUUUUGCAAAUGUUGGCAAGUUCCACAUUCAAGUGGAUCAAAAGGAUGAGGCUGAUUUCAACUAUGUCAGGGGUGUAUUGAGAAAAUCCGGUUUCAAUGGUUUCGAGUUUGUUGGUGCACAGCACUUCCCCAGUCAACUAGUUGGCCCCUUGCUAUCUGAUGGACAUGAGGUUGCAUCAUAUGAUUCUGAUGAUCUCUCUCCUGAGCACCAGCUCCUUUUUGAUCUAAUUGAUGAGAUCUUAUUGGAAAUAUCAGAAAAAUAUUCUACCGGUAGCUGGUUCUCGCGCUUUGACCCUGACACUAGAACAUUGCCUGCGGAACGUAAUAUCCUCGAUGAGGUUUGGCGAAAAAUUAGCUCACAUCUUAGUCACAUGCAUGAACAUGUUGUGGCUCGAGACUAUGCAAAAAAUGAUGGAUGGUUGAACCUGCAGCAGGAUGCCGUGUGUCUGGGUGUGGAGUUAGAGGACCUUCUUUUGGAUGGUUUGCUGGAUGAAUUAAUUCUUGAUUGUGAUGAUAUCUCAGGUUAUUAUUCUGUAUUUUCCUAGUUUAUUUUGCAUGUUGUAUAUAUCUUUGUAGCUAUGUAGUUCGAUCUGAUCGAUGUCAUUCACAUCUGUAUAGAGUGGAAUUCAUUGUACUAUAUAAAUUUUGCGAUCUAAGGUAGUGAAUCAAAGUGCUUUUCAUUUUA